AUGGCUGCAGCGUCUGUAACUGUCAAAUCAGUCUUAAAGGAAAUUGGAGACGAUCACCUCAGCUGCUCCAUCUGUCUUGAGUUCUACAAAAAUCCUAAAAUCCUACCAUGUCUUCAUACAUUCUGUGAGCAAUGUCUGGUGGAUUUAAAGGCCAAAUCUGGAGGUGUUUUGAAUUGUCCAGCUUGCAGAAUUCAGUGUGAUACGCCCAUCCAGGAUGUAAAGCCCAACUUCUUUGUGACAAGUCUACUAGACACAGUCCAGAAAAAAAGACAACUGACAUCUGACAAACCACUGAUGUGUGAAACAUGCCAAGAAAAGAUAGCAACUCACAGGUGUGUGGACUGUCCUCAGUUUUGUUGUAAUGUAUGUGUUAUAGCUCAUGAACGUAUUCCAGCUUUGCAAUCACAUAAAGUGCUUACAAUUGAGGAGUAUAAGGCAGGGGAAACUUGGCGUCAUCAGAUGGUACAGUCCAAAGUUUUCUGCAGCGAACAUAAAGGCAGCCACUUAGAAUUCUACUGUGACACGUGUCAAGUUCCUGUAUGCUUGAAGUGUACCAUAGUUAACCACAGAGUUCCUGAACACGCCCAUAGAAACUUGCAGGAGGUGGUAGAAGAGUAUAAGACACAACUCAAAGGUCAGCUGGAACAGUUGAAACAGAAAGAAAAGCAACUUAAGAAGGAAAAAGCAACAGCUGAAGCUACACGAGAAAAGAUCGGAGAAAAGUGUGAGGUAGAGAAAAAGAAAGUUACAAAAAGAGCUACAGAGAUAAUGAAGAAAGUGACGAGUGAAAAAAAUAAACUGAUAGAUGCAUUGAAUGAAAACUAUAGACAAGACCGGAAAGAUGCCGAAGUUGCUGUUGAUGAAGUGGAACUAAAACAUGUCAACACUGUCAGUACCUAUGAUUACUUAGAAACACUGAUGCAUCAUGGGAAUGCUGUUCACCUACUGUCUAUGAGAACUGAAAAUACCAAUCGCAUUGCAGAGCUGGUUGCUAUGAAAACCAAACAAUUCACAUAUAAUGCUGUUGAAUUUAACCAAGGCAUUGACCUAACUGCAUAUGCACUGCUUGGUGUGGUCAAAUCUGAGGCUUGUCCAUCUAAAUGCACAGUUGAAAACAUCCCAAAACAACUUUUGAGAGGUGAAUCUAUCAACCUGCUCAUCACAACCAGAGAUUCCAGAGGAAGGAAAAUCAUUCCUUGUCAAGAUAUCAAGGUGAAGAUGAGGAAUCCUGAUGCAUCAUGGGAAGACAUUGAUGUUACAGACAAUAACGACGGGACUUGUCAAGUGAUGAUAAAAGGAAAGAUGGAGGGAGAACAUCAAGUUACCAUGACGAUUGAUAACCAACAUUUAUCAGGAUCGCCACUCCAUAUUCCUGUCAUCAGCGGACUGGUACAGACAGUAGAAACACCAGACAGUGAAAGACUGAGCGGGAUAACCAUCAACAAACAUGGUGACUUUGUCACAGGUGAUCCAGGGAACAACAGAGUGACCAUCCAUGACAGAGACGGAAAUUACAAACAGUCAUUUACAUUCACUGAUCAGUUAGCAAAGCCAUUCAGACCACAGGAUGUAGCCAUAUCAGAUCGUAAUGAAUACUUCAUGACAGAUGUUAACAACAAACAAGUAGUUGUAAGUGAUGAAAACGGAAAGUUGAUCAGAAAAUUUAGAACCAGUGAAGUUAAUAAUCCUGGUGGAAUUGCAAUUAAUCCUGUCACUAAGAAUGUUUAUGUGAUGAUUGAUAACCAACAUUUAUCUGGAUCGCCAAUCCAUAUUCCUGUCAUCAGGGGACUGGUACAGACAGUAGAAACACCAGACAGCGAAAGACUGAGCGGGAUAACCAUCAACAAACAUGGUGACUUUGUCACAGCUGAUCCAGGGAACAACAGAGUGACCAUCCAUGACAGAGACGGAAAUUACAAACAGUCAUUUACAUUCACUGAUCAGUUAGCAAAGCCUUUCGGACCACAGGAUGUAGCAAUAUCAGAUGAUAAUGAAUACUUCAUGACAGACAAAAAUAACAAACAAGUAGUUGUAAGUGAUGAAAACGGAAAGUUGAUCAGAAAAUUUAGAACCAGUGAAGUUAAUAAUCCUGGUAGAAUUGCAAUUAAUCCUGUCACUAAGAAUGUUUAUGUGAGUGAUAAGAAUAAGAAAUGUAUUAGAAAGUACACACAAGAUGGGAAGUACAUCAACUCAUUUGACAUUCAGUUGGAACCAAUGUAA